UUGAAACAAAAACAAGCAGCAAAUAGGAAAUUCUACGUUCCAAGAACACAAACCCCCUAAGUUCAAAACCAUAGAAUCAGAACUACUCCUUUAAUUAAAGGUCUGAGUUUUAACCAUACAUGAUGUUCAUAACAGGAGUAACAUUUCAUAUUUGGCUGAUUGAAUGAAGUAUGAUCUUAUAAAAUUGUAAAGUACAGAACAAGUUAUAUCAGUAAAAAUCUAGAAACAUUUUGAUGUGAAAACUCGUUUUAGAAGUUAAACAUUCAACUUAAGUGAUGGAAAAAAUAUCACAUUAUUCUUGUUUCAGUAAUAAUCAUUUCAAGUUAUAUUUUUUAAUAUUCAGCCUAGUAAUAGAUUGAAAUUUUUUCAGAUAAAUGCGAUCUUCAGCUCAACAGUAAAUAUUCAGAAAGACCCGAUACUACUGACAGUAAUGAACAAUGCAGUAACACCAGAACAGCUUUAUUCGCGUAGCACUCCCAGUAAUUAAAAUGAUAGUUGAUAACAACAUACCUAUUUCAGAUUAAGAUUUUUUCGUUUUGCUAGGACAUUUUGAAUUUAGUUAGUUAGUUGAGGUGACUUUUCAUACUUUUUCACGUGUAUCAUCAUAAAUAAACAUUACCUGCCGAAUUCCUUGUUUCGAUAAGGUCUAUAAACACCUUAUAUACCACUUAAGAGGUCUAUAACAAUUACCAGACCUGUCCUUCUUCUAUUGUUUACCAGAAUUUUUUUAUGACGAAAAAUCCCAACUGCCUGCAGCGGGUUUCGAAACCGGAUCACACGGAUGCUAGUCCAAUCCACUGAGCCAAAGUGUCGGCACAUUUACACAGUCGUCAGAGAUUAAAUCUAAACUAUCAGAUUAUGCGUAAGCUACCGUAACAAUGCAGUAUAAUCAUGAAAAGUCCGUGCAUGUAAUUAACGGUCUGCGCACGAUUGGUGUUAUCACUUAUUUGAAAAAGGUCCGUUCUAAGUAAAAAAUUUCGACCAGUUUUGCCUAUCUUGAAAAUUAAUCUAAACGAGAGUUUGCUGUAAAAUUCUAAAAAGUGAUAAUGGGUGGGAGACUGGUCAAAGCACAGUUCCCGUUUCUGAAUAUUGUUCUUAAUUUUGCUGAAUAUCGUUAAUCCAAUAUCAAAUAAACGGUUGACAUUUUUAUGCCUUUAAAUAUCGAGAACAACUUUAAACGAAAUUAUGCUUUUUCCAGUCGUUACCAAAGAACAAAGGCCUUUAACUACAAACCUCUUAAUUAGUAGUAGUAUGCUAUCACUUUGAGUUCAAUAAAUGAUAUCGGCUUAAUAAAAUUGCACUGAUUUUUGAAAAAAGGUACAUCUUGUAGUAUGUCCAAGACAUACUUUUAUCCAUAGCUAGCUAUUGUCAAGUAUUAAAUAAAAGAAAAGAAGUAAAUUCGUAUUGAGGUAUGUCCUUAUAAACUAUACAUCUCUGUUUGUACCCCCACCCCACCUCCCCAACCCAACUUUUAUACAUGUAUCUUGCAAAAUUGUCAAGAUGGUAUGGGCAUUGGCACUUUUUUAAUAAUCAUUCAUCAAAACUUUAGUGUUUUCUAUUGUUUCUAUGUUACCCUCGUUACACUGAUUGGCGUAUAUUAUUUAUCCCAAUCGAGAUUAUAUACCCCUGAGAGAAAUUCCCAGCCUUGCUAAGAUUAUUUUACCAAAAGUGUACAGGAAAAUCCAGUUCUGCGAUUUGUGUGUAUCGUCAUGGGCACGCCCCAUUCACUGGCUAACGUGAUACGGAUGGCACGCAUUUCUUAUAAUAAUGUAAUGAUAAAUACAUUUUACAGCAAUGUAAAGUAGCAAAAUAAAAGAACUUAAUAAACUUACAGUUUCUUCAAAAAAUGCAAUUCGCAUCAAAGUCUGACCAAUUGACUACACACACAUUGCUGACCUCAGAAAGAGAUAAUAAUCUUCUCAAUGUUUUCCAAAUAUACACAUUUUUCAUGCAAUACAAAUGUCAUGUCCAAAUUGCUGACAAAUAUAUUUGAAGGUGCGUAGCAAGUUGGGCAUUUUGUUAUAUUAGUAAUAUCAGAUAAAUUGUAGCACACAUGGUCUUGUUCCUUAUUCUAAUUAUUUGUUUUUAAUUAUACGUAUAUGUUACAAACGUUUUACAAAUCCGAAACAAAUCUGGACUAUGUAAAACAAAGGAGCAUGUAGGUAAGUCAGUUAUCAUUCACGCUACGCCCGCUAGGUUCACAAAUCCCACACGAUGCAGACCUAUUCCUCGAACAAUAAAUAUUACUUAAUUGCACAAUAAAAAUCUGACAGUUUUAUAUCCUUAUAUCCAUAUCUCUACAAAGAUAUUAAAAACGCGGUAAGGGAUCUGUAGAUUAAUAUCGGAGUACAAAUUUAAUGCACAUAUACUACAAAUAUUCCGUUUACAAACAUUGUUAUCUGUAAUAUUAGAUAUUUUUUGCUAUUUUCAAAGUACCUGUUACGUGAGUUUUGUUUUCUAACUUCCGUUGGUCUUUCAUUUUCACGAUGUUUUAUUAUUUAUUGACUGAACUUCAACUUCAAAAAUAUAACCAAUGUAUUUAAGAACAAACGUAAAACAUAGGGAUAAAAUAUCAAAGAGUUUUCAGUGUUUAAUCUUUUUGACAUACAACAAACAAAUCAAUUUGAUAAGAAGUGCCGCAGAUUUAUUGCUUAAUAUGAAGAAGGUUCCUAAUCCAGACAAAUUUAUCAGACAGGGAAGAUCAUAGUACAAAGGAAGGUUUAAUCACCAUUCGCACAAUUGAUAACAAUUCCAAUCAGCUAUACGGAAAUAAACAUCAAGUCCCUUUUAAAAUCUUUCACAAGUUCACAACGUAUCAAGUUGUUUCGAAUUUAGUAUCAAACCUUGCUAUUUUUACAGCUAUAUUAAGGUAUAGCUAUUUUGAAAAAAAAGACAUGUUUCGACUGCUUUGUCACUUCAAUAUCAGCUUAGUUUAUUUACGGCAAUGUAUAUAUUAGCUUAGUACAUAAUUUAUGGUGACAAUACGUAUAAAAUGCCCCGUCUAACAAGUACAAUAUGAUUUGAUCGUUGAAACUAGGAAACCUUUAAGAAAAACAGAAGACAAAAUCACAACAUAAACUUGAUUACUCAUAAGUCUUUAUCAAGUUGAAACUAAGUUAUUAAAUUUUACGCAGUAUGCUUUCACUGGUUUUAAAACAACAAUAAUAUUAUGCUUUCUCAAAAAAAAAGAGCAGCUUUUAUAAUUUAUGUUGACAUAUCUGAACCUAAUGAAAAGAAAACGAGUUUCCAUGAUAACGGCGAACAAUCGUUUUUUCUGUGAUAGAAAUACGCAAAAGCAGGUACUAUAGGGCGGGAGAAGUGUUGUUCAAUGCUUCCAAACGAUCUUUUGAAUCUAUUCCUAAUUUUUUUUUAACACAAAUCGAACUUUUCUUUCCUGAAGACCAAAUUAUUUGAUGUUUGAAUCCUUAAACUCUUUGCCAUGGAGGCCCUUUUUAGCUGACGGGUUUAAAAGUAAUUUCACAGCUCUGUCAGUCAGUCGAAAGAGUUUUAAGCAAAUGCUCAUUGACUGAAAUGUUUAAACACAAUUCCAGAUUUUAGGGAUUGUUUUUCAACUGUAAUUUAGGAAAACUACUUAUCAUUAAGAUUAUACUUAUGAAAGAAGUGCUUAUUAAAAUAUGUUGGUUUGAAUUUAUCUGUACUUAGUAUAUUAUCUUGUAAAUGUUACGUAAACGUGUUUUGUAUACUUAGUCUAGAUACUUUUUUUCAUACUCCUGAUGUUUUCCCGUUAAUGUUGGACUUUAAUACAUUUUGCAGUUUAAAGUUUAAAUGAGCAAUACAACUUUUUCAUCUGUAGAAGAUCAUACUGAGCUUUUUCCUAGCUUUGAAUUCUAUCCUUAUUAUCAUUAUGUGUAAUCUGCCAUUGAAAACUAAAUUAAAAUUGACAAAUUAAGCAUGAAAUAAAUGCCCUUAUUUGAGGUCUGAACUUAAAAGCAAUUUGUGUCAGAGUUUAGACAAUUUGUUAAUAGUACGACAAAUAGCAUACCUAAUAGAUCAAUGUUCACCUCAGAUAACACAUGUCGAGGCAUGAUCUAUGUUUAUGAAUGGAAUCGGACGUUUCAUUUAUUUAUUUUUUAUGCAGUCUUUCAUAUCUGGGCAGAAAACGUUUUUAGAUCGAUUAAUGUUAAGUAUGAUUAUUUGAACUAUCAUACGUUGAAAGUUGAAGUAAAGAAUAUUCAACAACUCCUUACCUAUAAAUAUCGGAAGAUUUCUUUGAAAAAGUAGUACUUGUACUUUCCUAUCAAAACGUUAACUGUGGCGUUGCUCUUUUCAUAUUUGUAAAUAAUGGCCGAAGGAGGAAAUAGCAAGAUGGAAACAAAGCUUGUUAAAGUGAGUUCAGCUUCAGAACACGAAAAUGACGAAGUUUCAUCUUUUGUUGCAAAAAGUAAAAGAACACUGGGAUUUAAUUACGAUAAAAUGAUUAUUUUUCAUCCUAAGAAAACAAAAUUAAUGAGGAUCUUAGAGAAAGAAUAAAAAGACUAGUGGGGAGCGAAAAUGGCAGGCGUGUCAUCCACUUCCUGGAAAGGGGCAUAUUUUUUCACAUAGAGACAUGGAGAAAAUAAUAGACUCGUACGAGAAAGGAGAAAGGUUUUAUUUGUACACUGGUAGAAGACCAUCAUCAGAAGACAUGCAUAUUGGACAUCUUAUUCCAUUCGUGUUCUCGAGGUGGCUACAAGAAGCAUUUGAUGUUCCUCUUGUGAUACAGAUGUCUGAUGAUGAAAAGUACUUUUCUGAUGACUUGCAAAAUGGUGAAGAACGCGUCUCAAUAGAAACUAUAAGUAAACAAACACAUGAAAACGUCAAGGAUAUAAUAGCGCUAGGUUUUGAUGUCAACAAAACAUUCAUAUUUAGUAAUUUUGAAUACAUGUGUCCUGAGUAUUACAAAAACAUAUGCCGAAUCCAGAAGCGUAUCAGUGCGUCAAAGAUGAAAAACGUCUUUGAUUUUAAUGACGAAGGUAACAUCGGAAAAAUAAAUUUCCCAGCAAUACAGGCUGCUCCCUGUUUCAGCUCAUCUUUCCCUCACAUAUUCCACGGCAAUAGAGAUGUGCCAUGCUUGGUACCAUGUGCUAUUGAUCAGACGAGACAGGUAGCCACCAUAUUGGAUUGUAAAAUGCCAGCUCUUAUUCAGAGCAAAUUUGUGCCAUCAUUAGCUGGAGGACUUCAAUUUAAAAUGAGGGAUAGUGUGCCUGAAUCAUCAAUUUAUUUGACGGAUACAGACGAAGCAAUUGAAAGGAAGAUAUGUGAGUAAAAUCCAAACCAAAACCUUGAGGGGAGUGCUGUUGAUGUCAUUUGACAUUAUCUAUGCUACUUCAUGGAAGAUGAUAAUGAAUUUGACAGACUCAAAACGAAACACGAUGAAGGUAAAAGUCUGGUGAGUUGAAAGAAAAACUGAUUGAGACUCUGAGGACAAUAAUUGGCGAAAUCAGACAAAGAUGGGAACAAGUCACAGACGGGAUGGUUAAAAGGUUCAUGACACCGAGACCACUAAACUACAAGUACAAUCAUGGAUCCAAAAAAAAUAUUUAAGCUCAAAAACAAAAACUUAGUGUGAUUUAAACAUUGUUUUCCAUUCAAAUUGAGCGGUAUGAAAGACAAACAUAUACGUGUAGUAUGUCUCCAGAUAAAAUAUCAGAUUUCCGCUUCUACGACUUCUUCCAUUAUGUUUAUAAUUUCUAGUUUAUUAUGCUAUUUUUGUUAUAUUACAAUAACUGUCUUCUUAACAUUUAAAGCAAUUAAAAUAUAAUAUUAUGGAUAAACAGUAAGAGUGGAAACUCUGACCGUUUUCACUACAUGUCUUAACUUGCAAGAAUUAUGAUAAUAAACUACAAAGCCUGUGUUGUUAAAUAUGCCAAAAAGUGACAGUUACUGAAACAGUCCAUUGACUUUUUAGCAGAUACGUUUGCUUGUACUAUCUGAUGAUACAUGCAGUUAAAUUAGCAGUUGUGUCACAUAAUCAGACAUAUAAAUACAUAUUAUGAUGUAUAUUCAUGACAUGUACAGAAAUGGUUAUAUACGUAUACAAUGUGCAACCACGUUGCAAGGCUUACAUGACAGAGUGUCCAUAUUGUAAAUAUAUCACCUUUCUUCAAUUGCUUUAUCAUCAUUUGUAGUGAAUAGUAUUAAUUCAGAUCUAAAUUAUACGUUUUCCUUUGAUUGUCAUUUACGGUACAUACAUAUUUGUUUUUCUAUCUGCAAAAUAUGUUUGUUAUACAAUUAAAAUACGAGAUUGCAAACUGAGUGAACUGUUACAAAGCACCAAAAACACUUUAUACGCUUAAUUUCGACUAUAAUGGAGUGAACGAUUUACGGAAAUACAAGUCGAAAUUAACUUUCAUAUGACUAAAUCUUACCUUGAAAUGGCGCUCGUAAGAGAUUUAAUGCAUAAGAGCGGCAAAAAGUUUUUCCAGUGGCUAUGUUUGAGAUUGCAUAUAUAUUGUUUCUAAUAUUAGUUUGACGAUAACUAAACGGAUGUUAUUAAAACGAAAUAAAAAGAUAAAAUAC